UUUUGCCUUGCUCCACAAUCAUCAAAACAAAAACAAACACAAAGCAGUUAUUAUAACAUGCUCCACCCUCUCUCUUCCGUCACCGCCAUGCCCACCUCUUCUUCAUCCUCACCUUCUCAGAAGCCUAACAAGAGACAUUCUUCAUCCACAAACCCCAACAGCUCGGCCUCCAAUACUCUUCUCUGCAAGCACUCACCCUCAGCGACCCUAGACAUUCUCAUUCUCAUCUUGGUCCUUUUCUCUUGCACCUUCCUUGUCACCUCCUAUUUCUCUUACAUUUUCCAAUCCCUCUCCCAAAUCCUUCCCUCUCUUCUAGUUUCUCAUUCCGCUGCCUUCAGAGAGUCCCCUUUCCCCUACAUUCUAGGGUUUCUUGUAUUCUUUACCGUCGCCGUUGUCUCCGUUGAGAUCUGUUGGAGUUACCGGUCGAGGAAAUGCGAGAACCCUGCUUGCAAGGGCUUGAAGAAGGCCAUGGAGUUCGAUAUUCAGUUGCAGACGGAAGAAUGCUUGAAAUCUUCUUCCAAGGAGAUCGAUAAUCUGCCUUGUAAAGGUGGGACCGAAGGGAAUCCCGAUUACGAGUGCCUGAGAUCUGAGCUUAGAAGAAUGGCUCCUCCCAAUGGACGGGCUGUGCUUCUUUUUCGAGCAAGGUGCGGCUGCCCCGUCGCCAAGAUGGAGGCUUGGG